UCCGGCGGAGUAUCCUGGUCAUGAAUGAGCAUCAGAAACUCACACCGAGCCGCGCAAACUGCGUUUAUACCAGCUGCUACUGUGAAGAAAAUGUUUGGAAGUUGUGUGAGUUUAUCAGAAAAGAAAGAACUGCUCCACUGGAACAGCUGUAUGUGCUUUUCAUCUCUAAUGACAAAAGAAUGGUUCCUCUGUGGAAACAAAAGUCUGGACGUGGAGACCAGCCGGUGAUCUGGGACUACCAUGUGAUUCUGCUCCACGUUGAUCUCCAGUCAGAGUCUUCCAUUUAUGAUCUGGACACUGUCCUAUCAUUUCCAUGCAGCCUGAAACUCUACGCUGCCCAGGCCUUCAGAUCAGACCGCAACAUAAGACCUGAAUAUCACAGGAAGUUGCGAGUGGUUCCCGCCGACAGCUUCCUGUUGAAUUUUGCAUCCGAUCGAUCUCACAUGAAGAACUCUGAUGGAACCUGGAAGAUGCCCCCUCCCCCGUACCCCGCCAUGCACACUGCAGAGAGUCACAUGAACCUGGACGACUUCAUCAGUAUGAACCCUGCUGUUGGAUGGGGGACGGUCUUCAGUCUGGAUCCGUUUCUGCACAGAUACAUCAGAAAUCCCUCAACAUUAUCUCCAUCAUUGCCUCCAUCAUCUCCAGCUUCAUCUUCAUCGGAGGCAGCAGCAGCAGAGUCUCGGUAGCUGCUGCUCUGGGGCUUUGUGGCUCUGGCUGGACAGACGUGUCAGAUGUUUGGAGCAGAUCUGCUGGCUCCUCCUGCUGCUCAAUGGGAAUGUGCUGGUUUGAUUUGGUUUGACUGUUAGAUGUUGUUAAUGGAGUCUAGUGGGUACAAAAGGCUGAUGUUGCUUUUUCUUAGUUUCUGAAGCUAAAAAAAAAAGAAGAAACAUGAGGAUGAUGGGUGUUUUACUUGCUGAGCCUCUGCAUUAACAAUCUGACGAUGACAGAUUGGCAAAGCCAAAGUCAGCUUGAAGAGCAGUCGGUCAGCUGUUUGACAAUUUAAUUUACUUUUUGCAGUAAUUUGUCACUGUUCACUGUGCUGUAUGUGAGGCACUUCAGUUGAAAGCUGAACUGAGUUACCAGCACUGUUGCCUCAGGUAGAAGGUCUUGUUUCAAGUCCAAGCUGAGGUCAUUCUGUAAGGAGUUUGCAUGUUUUCCCUUUUUUAACACGUUUUGGAUUUUUCUCCUAGGUACUCUUUUUAUUUUUUCCUUCCAUAGAAUUUUGAGCAUAUUUCAAGUCAACCACAAACAUGAACAUGUAACAUUGUCUCUGUGUGACCUACAUAGUGGUCUACACGGUCUUGCUGGUCCCCUGGGACCCUGAAUAAGAUUGAAGCAGGUAUAGAUGUCGCUUGAACAUUUUAUGUUAUUUCUUUUGGUCUGUCUCCAUCUGCAGCGUGAACCCAUUAGCCUGCUUCUGCCUCUCUUUAUGUGAAAAAUACUUAUUUUCAUGUAAAGGCUAAUAUGGUCAGUUAUUACAUGUGCCACAUAAUUGGUGUGGUUGCAGCAGUGGAUUCUGGUGAGUAACUGGUUUUCUCAGGUCUACCUGAAGCUGAUCAUGGGGGCAUGAAGAUAUCUCACUCGUUGUCGCCCGAGGCUUCAAAGGUCAUGUGAAUUUUUAUGUAUUGAGAUUUCCAGAGUCCUUGAUCUUAUUUAUUUGUUUUUUCAACAUUAUGCACUAUUGAAGUUAAAAGUCAUAAGUCCCUUUCAAAUUCUCACAAUGUGUUGAGGUACAAAUUGUCCGUGAUUGAAAAAAAGAUUGAAUGCCAAAUGUGCAGCUUUUUAGAACAUGUGUUAGAGGAGUCUAAGGGUCAGAGAGAGAGCUAGUGGUUUCACUAAAGGUCUCAUUCAGCCAUGUAAGUAAUCUAAAUAUAUGUGUAUGCAAAUGGAAAUAGUUGUGGACAAUUGGAUAUUAAAACUCUUCAUGAAACUAAUUUGGUUAUUGAGGGGGUUUUGGUUAUUGCACAGGGCUGACGGCCGUAGACCAGUCCGCUCCUGAGCUCUGACUUUCAGCUGGUCUUCACGCUUCAUCUUUGUUUUGUUGUGUCUCCUGUUGGUAAUGAUUGUACAGGACUGUCUCAGAAAAUUAGAAUAUUUAGAUUUUCUGUCAUGCAAUUACAAAAACAAAAAUGUCAUACAUUUUGGAUUCAUUACAAAUC